AUGUCAAAUAUGGAAAUGAUUUAUUUGAUGCAAGUUUCCCUCUAUUUACCUUCACUAAAAGACAUCAUGACUUUUAUUACUAUUAACAAAAAAUGCCAAGAUGCUGUCACGUCACUUAAAGUGAAUCCUUGGUUCUCCAAAUCCAAUGACAUUGAAACGUUUUGUGCUUUCUUUUUUCCUGACACGGUGAAUUGCAAUUCAUUAGCUGUCUCUCGAAAAGUCCUCGAAAAUGCCGUUUACAUUCGAAACGUUCAAAUCUUUUCAACCGACUUUAACAAACUUGACGAGCAAAAUAUUGCCGAAAAAAUCACUUCUUUGAUUAUCAUCAAACCACCCAAACCAGUUGACACAAAUCAACAAAUUGGCUUUAAUGCGGAAAACAAUUAUUAUGAUCUGCUCUACAAAUGGAAGAUACCAAACAUAGAAAUGCCUUUAAAGUUGUUUAGUGAAUGUGUUACUUGUUUUGAACGCAACAACAACACGAAUAAUAACGACAUUUACUUCCCCAAAAAGGUGUUGUUGCACGUCGAUUCAAUGUAUACCAAUUAUAAUACCGACACCGCACCGUUAUAUGAAAAUGUAAAUUCUGCUGCUAAAAAGUAUAAGAGUCAGAUAAUCAUCGACUGGACUGACACAACUGAACCAGAGAAAUUGCGUUUGACUCCAAAUUGCCAAAAUUACACACAAAAAAUAACACCAAAAACGUUUCAAUUUGUUAGACCAUUUUAUAAAGAAAAAAUAAUUGUUCAAAUUGAUGGAUAUGACGAUGAAGAGUACUUCACAACAGUUGUUGAUAUUUUUAAGAUGUGUUAUUCGACACUCGUUGAACUCAAAACGUUUGAUGAUCUUUCAAAAUUGGCAAUUCCAGAAUUUGUGAAUGACCUCAGUGUUUCGCUAUUUACAGAUGAAAGGCAUACUGUUUGGUUACCUAUUAAUAUGAAUAUUGAAAAUUUGUCAUUAACUGAAAUUGAUUUGAUUUUUGAGGAUGUCAUGCCAACAGUUAAAAAAGUCAAAGUUACAAACUCAACUUUUGUGUUGCGAAAAGUCGCUAAAGAUGAUACAACUAAUGAUAUAACGAAAAAGUGGAAAAUGUAUAACAACUUCCCCUUUCCUAAUGUCGAGGAAAUUGAACUCCACAAUUGCUCAAAUAUCAAUUUUAAAACACCUGAACAUUUAACAACACUAAACGUGUGUGAUAAUUCUGAAAAUAUUGAAAUAUUUAUUGGACAAAAUUGCGAACAUUUAAAUAUAAAUAAUGUUACAAAAUCAUCAUUUUACAUCGAUUGUAACAUAUUCAACACUUUUUCUUUUAAACAGUGCAACAACACAAAUUUCGAAUUUUUUAAUGCAAAGCCAAAGUCACUCAAUUUGGAAUUUUUUGAGUGUUUAACGCCAAUUAUUGCUGUUGAAAAAAACACAAUUAAAAAACUUUUAUUAAAAAAUUGCAGUAAUGUGAAAAUGACGAAAAAUGUUGGAAUAGGCGAUGUUAUCAUUGAAAAUACCAAUUUCAAUAAUUUAACACAAUUUAAUGCGAAAAGUGUUUAUCUGUUCGACACUUCAGAGUUUCUACCAAUCGAUUUUACAUACACUAAACAUCUUAAACUAUUUAGUGUCUGUCGUUUUUCGUUCAGCACAACUUUUGAUAAUUGCGAAAUUUUGGAGGUCGCAUUUUGUGAGAAUUUGAAUUUUGUAUUCAAAAAAGAACAAUUAAAAAACAUCAAAAUUGAGUCUUCACAAAAUUUGGUAUUUACUGGUGAUUUUCAGAGUGUGAAAAGUUGUGUUUAUGUUGGAAAGUGUUCUGUUGAGUUUCCACAAAACACUGAAUUGCCAAUCGAAACUAUUGAGACUUAUAAAGAAAAAGAUAUAAAUGAAGGUAUGACAUUGUCUAAAUUCAAUGAUUUUAAAAUGGAGUACAUAAAAGCUCAAAGGUAUUUAACACGUCAAUUUAAUGAACAAGAAGAAUCAAUUAUUUCCCAAUAUGACACUACUAAAAUCAACAAACUCAAAUCAAUUUUAACACAAGAUGUAACACUUUUAGUCACUAAAUCAGUUUGUUACGUUCAAAACUGCGUUUGUCAAAGCUUAAAAAUUUCAACCGAAAUUUCAUAUUUGUCAGUUCUGAGCAUUUCAAAUUUCAUUGGAAAAAUGAUUGAUUUGUCGGGGGUGUUAAUUGGCAACUUACAAGUUGAUAAUUGUGAUGAUGUGGAUAAAUCGAAUAAAACAAUUAAUUACGAAAAACCAAUUUUAGCUGUUCAUGUCACUAUAAACAAAUACAACGGCAUUAGAUGGAUAUUUUCUUCGAGAACUAAACAUCUUGAAAUUACCAAUUCGAGUGGCGAUGUCAAGUUUAUGAAAGCGAAUUCAUUAUACGAAAAUGUUGUAUUUAGAAAUUGCAAAUUUAACAAGAGUCUAUUUUAUAACAAAGAUGUUGACUUGAUUCAAAAUUUGACUAUUGAAAAUACACAUUUGGAUAAUCUAUUUAGAGAUAAAUGUGUUGGCGCGUUAAUGGAGAUCAAUAACGAUAACAUUGAUUUGUACGAUUUUAUGAAUCUCGUCGCUAAAACAGCAAAUUUUGAACAUUGUAAAAACUUUAAAAUUAACUUGUUAAAGUUUAAUACACAAGUUGUCAUUAAUAGUUGCAUCAAAUUUAAAGUAUACAUAAAAAAUUCAAAUAACAUUGAUAUUAUUAAUUCCACUGAUAUUGAAAUGUGA